AUGCUUCAAGGCUGCAUUUCCUGCGGUGGUGCUCUUUCUGCCAGCACGUUCUCCCCGCAGGCGGUCUGCACGAAGAGCGGUGAGCGGGUUGCCAUCAAGUCUGUGCCGAAGCUGCCGGCCUCGGCAUCACGCCAGCUUCGGCGACGGGACAAGGAGAGACUGCAACAAGAGGUCUCCAUCAUGAAGCUGGUGCAGAAGGGAGAGUAUGUAGUGAGGCUCCAUGAAACCUACGAAGACGAUGCCUUUGUGUACAUGGUCAUGGAGCUCUGCCAGGGAGGAGAACUCGUGUCCUUCCUGUUGGAACAAGGCACUCACAGCGAGGCUCAGGCAGUUCUGGUGAUGCGCCAGGUCUUCCAAGCCGUCGCCUACUUGCAUAGCUGUUCCAUCUGCCAUCGGGAUCUGAAGCCAGAGAACCUUCUGCUGCUGCACCGGCGGCCAAUCAGGGAGAACGUCGUAAAGGUGACGGAUUUCGGCCUCUCAGCACUUUGCGCUUCGGGCUCUGAGCUCCGUGGCACGAUGGGGACGCUGCCAUACAUGGCUCCGCAGGUGUUAAACGGCCGGUACGACUUGGCCGCAGACAUCUGGAGUUGUGGAGUAUUGACGUAUCUACU